GCUGCGGAAGGCGGGGGCGGUGCCUGGUCAAAACCUCUGGUUGCGGUUGUGAUGCUCCAGUCUCCGUUGAGGUGGAUCUCCCGUGUCUGUGGGCUUCUUCCGCUCCUCUUCGCGCCUAUUUUAGAUUUAGUAGCCGAUUACGUUCCGUCGGAUAGAAGGCGAAGCCUGGGUUAUUGUCACAACCGCGAAGCCGCGAGCAGUUAGCACUUUGGAGAAGAUGCUACUGGCCUUUUGGGAGCUUGUGUUGGAGCGGCCAGAGGGUGGAAUAUUUGCAGAGGGUGAAUCGAGGUCAGUGGGGGAACAGAAAAAGCCAAGCCCCUCCAGGGCACCCGAGAGCGAAAGAAGCCCAGAUUUUGGAGGGCACUGUCUUCUGGAGCGAUGUUAGUUCCAUAAGCUCCAGUCCUCCUCUGAGAGGGAGAUCAGGUGAUGGCAGCCAUGCUUCUGACAUCCUGGCCCCAGAAGUCGGUGACCUUCGAGGAUGUGGCUGUGUACUUCACCCAGACGGAGUGGGAUGGCCUGUCCACUGCACAGAGGGCACUGUACAGGGAUGUGAUGCUGGAGAACUAUGGGAAUGUGGCUUCUCUGGGAUUUCCCCUUCUCAAACCUGCCGUGAUCUCACAACUGGAGGGAGGAGGUGAACUGGAGGGCCCAUCUCCACUGGCCUCUGGAGCAGGCACGGGCCCCCAGGGCCUCUGGACUGAUAUUGAUAUCCAGACUGACAAUAACUUGACAGAAGAAAUGUAUGAAGAAAAAUAUAAUAUAUCACAUGAACUUCAGAGGAACUCUUUUCAGGAAACAGACUUUUCAGAAACCUAUAUCCUAGAGAAAAAGCAGGAGGUCCACUCAGCAGGAAGUGUGAAGAAAGAAAACAAUGUCAUUGACGGGAUGGUGAAAGACAGUACUAGCCCAAUGGAGGAGUGUUUCUUUAGUCAGAAUCCAAAUUUGAAUCAGUGUCAUACCAUCUCCACUGGAGAGCAGCCCCCUGAGUGUACAGGACGGGAGAAAGCCUUCAGCUUGGACACAAAACUUAUUCAACAGGAAAUAAUUAAUUCUGGGGAAAGACCUUUUAAAUGUGAAGAAUUAAUGGAAAACUUUAGCUAUAAUUCUCAACUUAAUCAGGGUCAAGAUAGCUACACUGGAGAGAAGCCCCAUCAGUAUAAGGAGUGUGGCAAAGCCUUUAGCAUCAGUGCAAAAUUAAUUUGGCAUCAAAGACUUCACAGUGGGGAGAAGCCCUUCAAAUGUGUAGAGUGCGGUAAAAGCUUCAGUUACAGUUCCCAUUAUAUUACACAUCAGACAAUCCACAGUGGGGAGAAGCCCUAUCAGUGUAAGGUGUGUGGAAAAGCCUUCAGUGUUAACGGGAGUCUCAGUAGGCAUCAGAGAAUCCAUACAGGAGAGAGGCCCUAUCAGUGCAAGGACUGUGGGAGCAGCUUUAGCUGCAGUUCUGCGUAUAUCAUACAUCAGAGAAUCCACACUGGAGAGAAACCUUAUGAGUGUAAUGACUGUGGGAGAGCUUUCAAUGUUAAUGCAAAAUUAAUUCAACAUCAGCGGAUCCACACUGGAGAGAAACCUUAUGAAUGUACUGAGUGUGGGAGAGGCUUCAGGUGCAGUUCCCAGCUUAGGCAGCAUCAGAGCACCCACACUGGAGAGAGGCCCUUUCAGUGUAAGGAGUGUGGAAAGGCCUUUAGUAGUAAUGCAAAACUCAUUCAGCAUCAAAGAAUUCACACAGGGGAGAAACCCUAUGAGUGUACUGAAUGUGGAAAAGCCUUUGGCGUCAAAGGGAAAUUAAUCCAGCACCAGAGAAUCCACACGGGUGAGAAACCCUAUGAGUGUAAAGAAUGUGGCAAAACCUUCAGGUGUAACUCCCAGCUUCGGCAGCAUCUGAGAAUCCACACCGGGGAGAAGCCCUACGAGUGUAAUGAGUGUGGAAAGGCCUUCAACGUUAAUGCAAAGUUAAUGCAGCAUCAGAGGAUUCACACUGGGGAGAAACCCUUUGAAUGUAAUGAGUGUGGGAAAUGCUUUACUUCUAAAAGAAACCUACUUGAUCAUCACCGAAUCCACACUGGAGAAAAGCCCUACCAAUGUAAGGAAUGUGGGAAAGCCUUUAGCAUCAAUGCCAAACUAACUAGGCAUCAGAGAAUACACACUGGGGAGAAACCUUUCAAGUGUAUGGAAUGUGAGAAAGCAUUCAGCUGUAGUUCUGACUAUAUUGUGCAUCAGAGAAUCCAUACUGGAGAGAAACCCUUUCAGUGUAAGGAGUGUGGAAAAGCCUUCCAUGUUAAUGCUCAUUUAAUUCGGCAUCAAAGAAGCCACACUGGAGAGAAACCCUUCAGAUGUGUGGAGUGUGGCAAAGGCUUCAGCUAUAGUUCUGACUGUAUUAUACAUCAGACAGUACAUACUUGGAAGAAACCCUUUGUGUGUAAUGUGUGUGGGAAAGCCUUCAGGUUUAGCUUCCAACUUAGUCAGCAUCAGAGCAUCCACAGUAAAGAAAAGUCUUAAUGAAAGGGAUGUAGAAAAUUGUCAGCAUUAAUGCUGAACUGGAUCAAGUGUCCUCAGAUUCACCGUGGUGGAAAACCCUGAAAGGGAAAUUAAUAUGGCCAAGUCUUCAUACGGAAACAGAUCUUUUUCAUUUUACUCAAUUUUAAAUCAAGAAUGAUGACCAGUUUUCAAAUAACAUCCAAAAAUAAAUAGUUUGGUUUAUACCAACAACCAACAGAAAAUAUAAUGAAGGAAAAUAUUCCAUUCCCAAUAGCAUCAAGAAGAGUCAAUUUUCUGGGUAUAAACUUAUUAUGUAGGACUUAUGUGGAGAACUUACAGAUCUUCACUGAGGGCCACAGAAGGGAAGUGAAGUGGAAGAGAGCAAUACUUUCUUCUUAGAUAGAAAAACACUUUAACUACUUACCUAAUUUAAUUUAUUGCCCUUUAAUUUUUGACAACAAGCAUGCAUCAGUUUGUAAAGAGGUAUAACAAUAAAGCUUUCCUUAAGGGAAAAA